AUGUCGCAGGUGCCUGUGCCGCCGAGCGCGCCUGCCGCGCCUGUCGAAUUGCCAAAGGACAAGCUGUGGAGGAAGCUGAAGCAAGAGCCGAUUGUGCCCAUUGGUUGCUUGGCCACUUGCGGCGCACUACUUUGGGCUUCGUAUGCCUUGCGAAAAGGGGACAGGAAGAACUUCCAAAUCGCCCUGAGAUGGCGCGUCGGCCUACAGGGUCUCACAGUUCUGGGAGCAGUAGCAGGCAUGCUUCUCCUCAAACCAGGCGAAGCAGCACAAUCGACACCCGAGUCUGUCAAGGUGGCCAGUGUUCCUGGUAGACCUCCAACCAAUCGGCAAGUCGAAAAGGCGAGCGCGGAUCAGGAUACUGCUCGAGCCGAGUUUGCUCAGAGGAUGGCAGAGGCGGAAGAGAAGGAGAGACAAAGAGACUUGGCGGAGAAGGAAGCGGUGGAAAAGUUGCUCAGACCUGGACCCAAGGAACAGAGACCACGUCCUGUAUUCGGUCAAGAUAGGCGCACAUUCUAA